AUGGCGAAGAAAUCAGUAGCGCCCAACAACGUUCCGAAUACCGAACCCAUCGAUGAUCUCCCAGCAGAGUCCCACACCGACCCAGAAGAUGCCGAAGCAGAAGAAGAAUUCCACACAGAUCCCGAAGACGCGGAGCGGGAAGACCAGAUAGUGGAAUACCAUACCGACCCCGAAGACGCCGACGAAGACGAAUCAUCCGGCUCCAACCCGCCUCUCCUCUCCGCCGAAUUGCUCAAAUCUCAACCUUCAGAAGCACCGACUACAGUAAAAGUUCCGUGGGAUAAGCUCACGCGCAGGCAACGGAAAGUCCUGCGGGAUGAAAGAGGGAUUUCGAUGCAGGAGCUGCGGGCGGAGGCGCUCAAGAAUGGUGUGCUCGAAGCUGGAAUUGCUGCGCAAGUCAAGAGAGGCGUGAGACCGGCGGAUAAAGUCGCGGGUGCUAGAGUCAGCAAGACGAGGAGGAGUAAGAGGCACGAGAAGAAGAGGCGGACGAGAAAGCCUGAGAUGUCGGGGAAACAGCAGAUAUUGGAAAGUAGAAAGAAGCAGAGUGGGAGAGGAAGCGUGAAGAGAAAGGGUUGA